AUAUAUACACAUUACCUGACCCUUAGAGACCAGCAAGGAUCUCCACUGAGGCAACAGUUCCGUCUUAGAAGAAGCUACUUAGACACCGCAUAAAAAUGCCAGGAUAUGUUUUGACCUACUUCCCAAUCAGAGGAAGGGCCGAGCCUAUACGAUUACUGCUAGCAGAUCAAGGGGCCAAGUGGACAGAAGAUGAAGUGCAGCUGUCUGACUGGUUUUCAGGAAAGAAUGAUCUUAAAAAGAAUGCGGUCUUUGGACAGCUGCCUCGGUUUCAAGAUGAAGAUUUUGUUUUAUAUCAGAGUAAUGCCAUUCUAAGAUAUCUGGGACGCAAACAUGGACUAGUGGGGAGCAAUGAGAAGGAGAGUGCUCUGAUCGACAUGGUGAAUGAUGGCGUUGAAGAUCUAAGGCUAAAAUACAGUCGUCUGAUCUUCUAUGAAUUUGAAACAGGAAAAGAUAAAUAUCUGAAUGAUCUGCCUAACCAGCUGGCUCCAUUCGAGAGACUGCUUUCCCAGAAUUCCAGUGGAGGAAAAUUUGUGGUGGGAGAUAAGAUCUCGUUUACUGACUAUAACUUCCUGGAUAUCUUGCAAGUUCAUCUUGACCUUUCCCCAACAUGUUUGUCCGCAUUCCCCUUGCUCUCUGCCUACGUUGAACAUUUGACUACUCGUCCCAAACUAAGCGAGUACUUGAAAUCUGAGAAACGUAACAAACGUCCAAUCACCCCUAAACAUAAAUGAUCUGUAAUCCUUCCUUACGCAAUUAGCAUUUGUUCCUAUGUGUGUCUACCUUCCCAAUAAAGAACACCUUUUUGUAAGAUAA